AUGGCAACAACAACAACAGCAACAACAACAGUUCUCGAGUUGAAAACCCUCGAGUCCAAGUCCGGGGCAAAAAGUACCAGCAUCCCUAUUACCACAUCAUCUGAUGAAAGUCUUGCUUUGCCAGUGGAUACAUCGCCUGAUGUAUCGUUAGUCGACAACAACAACAACAACAACAACAACAACAACAACAACGAAACAACACCAGUCCUAUCCAAGAGUCGAGCGACGAUUGUUAUAAUCCAAUUGAUUUUUCUGCAGCUCUUCUCUAGCUUUUGCAAUGGAAUUAUUGUGGUCGGUUUGCCUGCCAUGACCAAGGGCCUAGAAAUCGAAGCAGGUCUUCUCCUCUGGCCAACCUCCGUCUUCUAUCUCACUGCAGGGUCAUGUUUGAUGUUGGCGGGAUCUAUCGCAGAUGUCGUGGGUACGAAACCUAUGAUCCUAGCGGCCAAUAUCCUGCUCGUUGCGAGUGCUAUCGCCUGUGGUCUGGCACGAACUGGAGGUGAACUCAUUGCUUUCCGCGGCUUACAAGGAGUUUCCUUCGCCAUGGCGGUCCCGGCUUCCGUCUCCAUUAUUUCCACAAAUAUUGCCCAUGGACGGCCACGGAAUCUCGGGUUCUCGUGUCUGGGAUUCUCAGCCCCGCUUGGAUUCUUGCUUGGUCUGGUACUUGGAGGUGUGUUUGUCGAUACUGUCGGAUGGCGGCCGGCGUUCUACCUUGCCGGGGCUACUACUGCUGUUUCAUGUGUCUUUGGCUUUUGGGUGCUGCCACGGGAUCCUCAGCCAAGWUCUGCACGCAUGAUAUGGAAGCAGCUAGCUUUCGAUAUUGAUUGGGUGGGAACAAUCGUUCUGAGCAUUGGAAUCGCGACACUGUCGUAUGUCUUGGCGAUCCUUUCAUCCGAUAUCAAGAGCAUUCGACGCGCAUCCAAUAUUUCGCUACUGGUCGUCAGUGCAGCCACGGUCCCGGCGUUUAUCUGGUGGAUGAAUUAUCAAGUAAAGCACAACCGUCCAGCCCUCAUCCCAAAUGCCCUCUGGCGUAUCCCUAGCUUUACGAGUAUUUGUAUAAUGGUACUCUUUGCCAGCGCAGUCAGUAAUAGCAUGGAGCUAUUCUGCAGUUUGUUUUUCCAGGAAGUCCAAGGGAUAUCCGCCCUCGGGACAUCACUGCGCAUUCUCCCCGCCCUUAUUACAGCCGUUGUGACCAACAUUUCGACUGGUUACUUUGUAAAUCGAAUGUCGGUUAUAUGGGUGGUAUUGAGCUCCGCCGCAUUGACCGCCGUAUCACCACUUCUCAUGGCGCUCAUCGAUCCUCAAUGGCCGUACUGGUACAUGGCAUUCACAGCACAGGUCUUCCAACUUGUAUGCACCAACAUCCUUUUCACCGUCGGUCUGCUCAUCAUCUCUUCCGUGUUUCCCACUCGCACACAGGCUCUAGGCGGCGCAGUAUUCAAUACCUGUGCGCAGCUCGGCACGUCAAUCGGAUUGACGAUAACUUCUGUCAUUUCCGAAUCCAUCACAGCCGCCUCGGAUGAAUCCGACAAAUCAUCCCCUACUGCCCUCAUGGCCGGAUAUCGUGCAGUAUUCUGGGCCUUGUUUGCGUUUAUGGUUCUUGUAUUUCUCACAGGCGCGUUGGGGUUGCGCCGAGUCGGGAAGAUUGGGGUGAAACAAGAUUGA